AUGGAUCGUCAGUUGCUCGCUCGCGCGACGGAAGGCACGGACGCCCCGACCCCGGGCUACCUGUACGUGGAUCUCGCCAAGGCCGCGACGGCCAAUCCUUCCGCGGCACAGGAAAUGGGUCGUUACUUGACCCGCAAACUGGCCACCAAGCAGAACCCUCACGUCAAGUACAAGUGUCUCCGCGUCUUGACCCAACUCUGCGUCCAGGUCCCGCGGAACGCCUUUGCCCGGAGUGUCGCGCAGGAUCCCUCCGGCGUGGCCGCCGUCAAGGAAGCCUUGCAAUUUCGGGGACCGCUCGAUCCGGUGCACGGUGACACGCACAACGAGAAAGUACGGACUGCCGCGCGGGAAUGCCUCGAUGCCGUGUAUACGGAACGACCCACGUCCGCCGUGACGGAACACCCGUCACAGCAUCACGGGGGGAGCAGCGGCCAUGGUCACCACCAUUACCAGCCCAACGGCAGUAGCAGCAGUAGUAGUCGCAUGCAAGGCAUUGGCAAUCCUCGAUUUGCGGAUCCCCGGCAAGACCCGCGCGCUGCGAGUGGAACCGCGAGUGGACUCCAGAAUGCCGUCAAGGAAGCGGGAGAAGUCGUCCUCGGUAUGAUCAAGGAUCCCUUGGCACGGAACGUGGGAGUCAAUCAUGCACACGCGGCGUCAGUGCCCCGCCAGGGACAUUCCGGGAAUCUACCCGGAUACGGUGGACCACAGUACGGUCGCCCUCCGCCCGGAGCACAGGAACUCUCACGUCAAACCGGUGGACAGUGGACCAUGGCUUCCAAUCGUGGACCCGGUGCGAUUACUCCCCACGGUGCACCUUCGGACGAGUAUUACCGAGCCAAAAAUCAAUCCCAGCAACCACCACCAUCCAGCACUAGUGCUAAUGGUAUCCAGAACAACUACGGAUGGACGCAACAACAUUCAUCGAACCAAGGCAACGACUCCACGAACCACCACAAUAGUGCCGCGGGAGGUGUUGGCGGGUCCUGGGCGCAUGCCAGUGUCACGCCCUCGACGGGCGAGCCGUCCUAUAAUCACGAAGGACACUCCACCCCGAGCGUGACCGUAACAGCGGCACCACCCCGUACAGGAGGAUCGGGUGGCACGGCCGUCACGGACGGUUCCUACGAAAAGAACUUGGUGCUGGAAUUGUGUCCCCCCGGGGGUAUGAAACCCGUUCCCCCGCCCGACAAACUCGCAUCCUUUGCCCGAGCGGCUCCCAGUCUCAACGCCGAUUUGAUCUGUCCCGUACUCUUGGAUUGCAUCGAAGAUGGUCAGCCUUGGAUUAUCCAUGCCAAAGCUCUCGUCAUCGGCCCCACGGCCACCGCCACGGCCAAUCUGUUGGAUUUUGGCGAAGACAACGACAACGACCACCAACAAGGCAGCGCUCCGCCACCGGCGGUUACCACACCCGCAUCCGACGACCUGUUUGGGGGGAUGCAAGUCAAGGCCCAAUCGUCACCGCCGGUCCCGGUUGCCACAGCCACCGCCACGGCGUCCGUCUUUGAUUUUGUCAACGACGACGGAGCCACCGCCGCGCCUUUGGCAACGGCUCUGGCCGCUGCACCACCGGCGUCCGUGUUUGAUUUCGUAAACGAUAACGGCGGCGCCACCACUGUCGCUUCGGCACCCGCUAACGAUUUGUUCGGCAGCGAUUCCCACACCACCACGACAACGACCGACAUGUUUGGCGGCAUGAGUUUGAAAGUCAGUGAAGGAGGCGGAGCGGAGCCGGCGACACCCCACGACCCCGCGGAAGAGUUGGCCGCCGUGCACACAAACGGCUCGGCGUUUGGAUUCAUCAACAGCAGUAGCAGCAACUCCUCCAAGGCGGGUGGAGAAUCGAAUCUGACUACUACCCAGCCAUCGUUCGAUCCGCUUUCACAAGCCUCACCAACUCUGGCACAGAAAAAGGCCAUGCAAAUGAGUCCGGAACAAAUGCAAGCCGUGGCCUACCAACAAAUGAUGAUGCAACAACAGUACCAACAAAUGCAAAUGGCCAUGGCUAUGCAACACGGUGGCGUGGGGAUGCCCCACAAGGGGGGGAUGCCCAUGCAGCGCAUGUCGUCGGGUGGGAGUAUGUCCCACACGGGCGCAGGUGGCUUACCCAUGCCGGUGGCUGGUGGCGGCAUGCGCUUGUCCAUGGGUGCUCCGCUCCGACCCCAACGCGUAGCGGACAACAAGUUUGAUUUUGUUAAGGAUGCCAUGAAUGCGAGUAAGAAGUAA